UUGCACUGAAACCGGAAGUUGUUGGUGCAUCGCUGCAGAGAGAAGAAGAAGCCUUUAGCUGAAUGAAUGGAAGAUGUUUCUGAUGCACUGAGCUGUCUUUGCUCGCAUCUGUACAAGAUGGCAUGAACCUUUGAGGUCAUAACUCAACUCUAACGUCACCGUUAACGUCUUCCACGGUUUCCCGCCUCCGGUGGUCAGGGUACCAUGGCAACGAGGAUGAAGCUGAAGCUGAAGACUGUGUUUGUGCUCUACUUCAUGGUCUCCCUCAUGGGCCUCGUCUAUGCCCUGAUGCAGCUUGGUCAGCGCUGCGACUGCGCAGAGCACGACGUGUCUAAAGACCGUAUCAUAUCACGGCUGCGGGGGGAGCUGCAUCGUCUUCAAGAGCAGAUGAGGAAGUCGGAGGCGACCAAGCAACCACACAAACAGACAGCCAUGACCACCAUCUUCGUCAUCACCCCGACAUACGCAAGGCUGGUGCAGAAAGCCGAGUUGACCCGUCUGUCCCAGACCUUCCUCCAUGUUCCUCAGCUCCACUGGAUCGUGGUGGAGGACUCGCCGCACAAGACGCCACUGGUGACUGACCUCCUGGUGAAGAGUGGCCUGACCUACACGCACCUACACAUGCCCACCGCCAAGGACCGCAAACUGCAGGAGGGUGACCCCAGCUGGCUGAAGCCUCGUGGAGUCGAGCAGAGGAACGAAGGUCUACGGUGGCUCAGGGAGGACAGAAGGGCUCGGCCAGGAGGAGACAACCAGCAGGGGGUGGUUUACUUCGCUGAUGAUGAUAACACAUACAGCCUGCAGAUAUUUGAAGAGAUGAGGAGUACCCAGCGAGUGUCGGUGUGGCCGGUUGGGCUGGUUGGAGGGAUGAAAUAUGAGCGGCCUGUGGUUGAAGCAGGAAAGGUGGUUCGCUUCCAUACCGGCUGGCGCCCCAGUCGCCCCUUCCCAAUGGACAUGGCCGGCUUCGCCGUGUCCCUCAAGCUGGUCCUGGCCAAUCCAGAGGCCUGUUUUGACGGAGAGGCACCGAUGGGCUUCCUGGAGAGCAGCCUCCUUCAGGGACUGGUCACCAUGGACGAAUUGGAGCCUAAAGCGGACAACUGCUCUAAAGUGCUGGUGUGGCACACACGGACAGAGAAACCCAAGAUGAAGAGAGAGGAGGCUCUGCAGGCUCAGGGACUGGGUUCAGACCGUGCAGUGGAGGUCUGAGGACCACACACACACACUCGCACACACACAUUGUAAAGGGUACUCUGCUGUUUAAUGCUGCGUAAUGUAUCUCUGCGUUGUAAAUACUGUAAAACAGAAACAAAUAUCUGUUAGAGGUCACAUUUAAAUUGAUCUGGUCUCUUUGUGUCGGGUAGUAAAUGUACGUGCGUGUGUGUAUAUAUUGAGUGAGUGUGUUCGCUGUUCUAACAGUGUAUGUUGGUGUAUGUAUCAGGGUUUUUUGUUUUUAGUGGGUUAGGUGUCUUUGUCCAGCAGUACAGUGGAGGAGGACUCUGGAGUUUAAACAAUUGCCUGAUGGGGGCGCCAGUUUUAAUUUUUUUUAAAGAACCACAAACACA